AUGACAGAAUCUUAUAUUCCCGGCCGCCUCGAUGGCAAAGUUGCCCUCGUUACAGGGUCUGGACGCGGCAUUGGGGCAGCCAUCGCCAUCCAACUAGGCCGCCUGGGUGCGAGCGUAGUCAUUAACUACGCGAACGCGGCCGAGCAUGCCGAGAAAGUCGUCAAUGAGAUAAAGGCCCUGGGUUCUGAUGCUAUUGCCUUCAAGGCCGACAUCCGUCAAGUACCACAGACGAUUAAGUUGUUCGAGGAUGCCAUCGCGCAUUUCGGAGGCCUCGACAUCGUCUGCAGCAACUCCGGCGUCGUCAGUUUUGGCCACCUGAAGGAUGUGACCGAGGAGGAAUUCGACCGUGUCUUCAGCCUUAAUACACGCGGGCAGUUCUUCGUGGCUCGUGAAGCGUAUCGCAACCUGCGCGAGGGGGGCCGGAUCAUCCUCAUGUCGUCUAACACCGCUCACGACUUCAGCGUUCCUGCGCACUCGCUAUAUUCUGGCUCCAAGGGCGCCAUUGACUCCUUCGUCCGUGUCUUCUCCAAGGAUUGUGGUGAUAAGAAGAUCACCGUCAAUGCUGUCGCGCCUGGCGGCACUGUUACAGAUAUGUUCCACGAGGUCUCCGAGCACUACAUCCCCAAUGGCGACAAGUACACCGCGGAGGAGCGUCAGGCGAUGGCUGCACAUGCAUCUCCCCUGCAUCGCAACGGGUUCCCUGAGGAUAUUGCUCGCGUGGUUGGCUUCCUUGUUAGCAAGGAGGCUGAAUGGGUCAACGGGAAGAUCCUCACUCUGGAUGGUGGAGCAGCAUAG